AUGGAGAGACCCAGCUCACCUGGACCUGAAGCAGGCAAGGCCUCCGGGAGCAGUGGGGAAUCCUGGGAAGGAACUACGCAGACGUUUCUGGAUAGGCACACACAGGGCCAGCACUUCAGGCAUUCCUCCUUCCGAGAAGGCGAGGGACCCAGAGAGGUUUGCAGCCGCCUCCACUCUCUGUGCCGCCAGUGGCUGAAGCCAGAGCAACACACCAAGGCGGAGAUGCUGGACCUGGUGAUCCUGGAGCAGUUCCUGAGCAUCCUGCCCCCAGAGAUGGGGAGCUGGGUCCGAGAGUGUGGGGCAGAGACCUCUUCCCAGGCGGUGGCCCUGGCGGAAGGCUUCCUCCUGAGUCGGGCAGAGGACGAGAAGCAGGAAGGACAGGCCCAAAAUAACUGCAUGAAAGUCCAGCCUGAUGUCCCUUCACCAGAAAAGCCUCACUCGGACACCAAGCAGAGCCUCCGGCAGAAGGAGCUGAAGCAGGAAGGAGAGGAAGGAGAGGGGGCUGCAGCCUGGCAGGGGGCUGGAAUGAGGUUGUUGCCGAAUCCUCAGUCGUUUUGGGAUGGAGUGGAAGUGAAUCAGGGCCCAAUCGCCUUUGAGGAGGUGGCUGUCCCUUUCCCCCUGGAUGAGUGGGUUAACCUGAACCCUGAUCAGAAAGCCUUGCACAUGCAGAUCAUGGAGGAGAUUCAUGGGAUGGUGGACUCUCUUGAUAACUGGAAGAAGAGCAAUGUGUGCACCAAACACAGGACGCAUUUGGGACACAACGGGGACCUUCCUGGACACCAGCAAACUCACAGUGAAAGUGGAGAUUCUGCCACAGAAAGGCCCUACAAAUGCAAUGUAUGUGGACAAUGUUUUACGCAAAAUAUGGGACUUAUACUUCACAAGACAGUUAUUGCUGGGAGAAGCCAUUGUAAAUGGAAAAUAUCAGCAAAAUGUAUUGCUGAUUACGAAUCGCUAUAUUGGAGCCAAGAAGAAAUCUUUCAAGGAACUGACGAUAUCAUAAGCCAGAAGUGUGGGACAUCUUUUAUGCAGAGUUCACACUUGAAACAUGAGCGAUUUCACACAGGACAGGAACCAUAUAAAUGCCAGAAGUGUGGGAAAUUUUUUCCUGACCGUUCAGCCUUGGUAAACCACAAAAGACUCCACACAGGAAAGAAACCAUAUCACUGCCAGGUGUGUGGGAAAUGUUUUGCUCAAAAUGCACACUUGGUGAGGCACAAAAGAGUCCACACAGGAGAGAAACCUUACCAAUGCCAGGAGUGUGGGAAAUGUUUUCCUCGCAGUUCAAACUUGGUGAGGCACAAAAUAGUCCACACAGGAGAGAAGCCAUACCAAUGCCAGGAGUGUGGGAAAUGUGUUGCUGACCGUUCAUCCUUGGUGAACCACAAAAGAGUUCACACAGGAGAGAAGCCAUACCAAUGCCAGGAGUGUGGGAAGUGUUUUAGUUACCGUUUAGCCUUGGCGAAGCACAAAAAACUCCACACAGGAGAGAAACCAUAACAAUGCCAGGAGUGAGGGAAAUGUUUUGCUUACAGUUCACACUUGGUGAGGCACAAAAGGGUCCACACAGGACAGAAGCCUUAGAAAUGCCAGGAGUGUGAGAAAUGUUUUGCAUUCCCCACACCCACAAAAAACUACACAAGGGAUAGAAAGGUUAAAAGAUCCAGAAGUAUGGGAAAUGUUUUAUUUAGACGUCCUCCCAUAACUAGAGAAUAUACACAGGCUGAAAAACAUACAAAUGCUAAGGCAUGUGGGAAAUGUUUUAGUUGAGGUUCUUAACUUUUGAACUAUCACAGACUACAUUCAGGAGAGACAUCAUCCAAAGAGCUGGGACAAAAUUAAUAAAAUGUUUUGCAACAGGGAAAUGGCAGACGGAAUGGCUUCCAGUAACACUUGGCUUGACUUUGGGCUCAUUUCUUUGACCAUUUCCUCUUAGUGUCAUGCCACCCGUGCUCUAGUCUACCUUGGUCAGACCACACCUGGAAUCACACACACUCUCUUUCUUUUUUUCUCUCUCCCACUUUUUCUAUCUUUUCUUAAUUGAUUUUAAAUGUUUUUAUGGAAAACUUUCAAUAAAGAUUAUUUUAAAAAAAAGUUGGGGAGCAAUGCGCAAUGGUUUGACAGGGAGAGAAUAGAUCUCACUAAUCAUCCUAGAAAUACAGAUUUUUUCCUUCCAUCACUACAUCUCUGCCACCAUCUUGUGGAGAAGAGCAAACCACUGACCACCUGCUGCAAUGCACCCCGAGACCUGCCAUAUGCACGAUGGAGAACCUUCUUGCGGCAACACCAGAGGCACUCCAAGUGGCCAGAUACUGGUCAAAAGACAUUUAAUAGAAUACCAAGUUUGCAAAUUUUGUGUGUGUGUGUUUUAAUCUGUUUGUUUGUUUUGUUCUGUUAGAAAUGUAAUACAAUGUUCUGGUUGUGGAUGACACGAUAAAUAAAUGCCACCAUCUCUACUCGAAG